CUAAGAGGGACUUUUUCUCACCCCAGAUGAUAAAAACAGUAACAGUGAACAUUCAUUAAGCACUCACUGUAUGCCAAUCACUGCGAUGCUCUUUCAUCAGCUUAUUGAGUCCCUGUGGAGCCCCAUGGGGUGGAGGGAGCCAUGUUCCUGAGCCCGGGUGAGGGGUCGGCGGCUGAGGGUGGGGGGCCAGGGCCAGGAGAUGAAGCCCCAAAGAAGAAGCACCGGAGGAACCGCACGACAUUUACCACAUACCAGCUGCACCAGCUGGAGCGGGCGUUUGAGGCCUCCCACUAUCCAGACGUUUACAGCCGUGAGGAGCUGGCAGCCAAAGUGCACCUGCCCGAGGUGCGCGUGCAGGUGUGGUUCCAGAACCGCCGGGCCAAGUGGCGCCGCCAGGAACGUCUGGAGUCGGGCUCUGGAGCUGUGGCAGCCCCAAGGCUCCCUGAAGCCCCAGCACUGCCCUUUGCCCGCCCUCCUGCCAUGCCACUGCCCUUGGAACCCUGGCUGGGCCCUGGGCCCCCAGCCGUGCCAGGCCUCCCUUGCCUCCUGGGCCAGGGCACUGGGCUGCAGGGGUCCUUUGGGCCCCAUGCCUUCGGUCCAGCCUUCGCAGAAGGCUUUGCCCUGGAGGAGGCAUCCCUGCGGCUGCUGGCCAAGGAGCACGUGCAGGUUCUGGACAGGGCCUGGCCGUCAGCCUGAGCCUGGUGCCUGUCGGUGGCCACCCACGCCAGAUCCCUCACCUCACCAUCACCUCCUUACCCUGCCUUUCAGGGAACUGGCACUGGUUUCAGCAAGGAGGUGGCCAGAGGGUGGUCCCUGGCCUGGUCUCAGGGGUGUCUGUGCCCUCGUGGGGCCUCAGUCUCCCCAUCUGUCAAAUGGGUGUGGGUGGGGUGGAUUCUGAGGCUCUUAGACUGUAAAGCUGCACUCAGGAGCCACUGGGAUGUUGAUUCUGAGUUGAUCAGUCUAAAUCCCUCUGUCUGCUCCUAAUCUAACAGCAGAGCCUCCCUGGCCCUCAGAGACUUUCUCUGAGAAUAACAAAUAACAGCAGAAGCUCAUGUUCAACCUGUCCCCUUUCACUACAUGCUCUGUAUGUCCACCCUAUGCCCACAGCUUUACCCUGUGAGGUGGGCAUAGCCAUCGGCCUCAUUUUACAGGGGAGGAAACUGGGACCCAGAGAGGCAAAGCUAGUUCCCUGAGGCCACAAAGCCUGUAGGAGGUGGAGCUGUUUUCAAACUCAUUGCCUGACUCCAUCACCCCAGGCACCACACUGGACCCUGGCCAGACACUAACAGGGUACUCUCAGGUAGAAGCAGCUGACGCCAGGUGAAUAUUGUUUGCCCCUGCACCCCCCACUUACCAAAGUGUGGCUUAUGUCCUCACUGACCACAGCCCCCAUCAUGUCUCCCAGCCCCACUGAUGCUGGGUUGGGUCCCUGGUGUUCUAGCCAAUGCAACUAUGUCUCCCCAGGCCUCAUGAAGGUACAGUGGUCACCCUUCCCAGGGCUGGGCUGGACUCCAGGACAUGGAAGCUGUGGUGGGGGGUGGGGGACUGGCCCAGUGCCUACAUGACAGGGAACCACCGUAGGGGAUGGGGCAGCCUGGGACAGAUGGGGGAGGGGGAGAGAGGGCAGCACCCCACUCGCUCCUGGCUCUAUCCAGGAAGUGACCACAGGCUCUAGGAAACUCCAGGAAUUUCACCUGAUGCUCACACCCAGAUCAUCUGCUCACCUUCAAUCUCAGAUGGCACCUCUGAACCCAAUGGCCCACAUGCUGUUACACUGCAGCAGCCAGACCAGCCACACACCCAAUCAUUGAUUCAUCCAUCCAGUCUAUGACAAAGACAUGGCAGUGAACAGAGAAAAACCCCCAUCCUCGUGGAGCUGCCACUCCAGUGGAAGAGACAAGAACCAUGAUUUUUUUUUUUUUUGCCAUUUCUUGGGCCGCUCCCGCGGCAUAUGAAGGUUCCCAGGCUAGGGGUCAAAUCAGAGCU